AUGGCCGAUGCCCCGUUUCCUCGACAGUGGGGCGAAAUCGACCUGCUCAAGCCUGAGGAAUCGGAGGUGCUCCAGAGCAUCUUGGCGGAGGCGCAAUCAGAAGACGAGAUAACAAGAGUCACGGCAGUCAGACGUUUCAAGGAUACCAUAAUCCACAGCUACGUUGCGGAAUCCACAGGUAGCCUGGCCCACGUGGCUGCAUUCAUACUGGAAAGAGGCUUCUUGAAGGUCAUAACAACAGGGCUGGAAGAAUGCGUCUCGGGAUCCUGGGUGGUGCUUCCAAGGGCAAAAGACAGAAGGCGUUUCAAAGGCGACAUUCCUGUUCUCUGGAAGCCCUCGGUGUACCUGACGGCGUUCCUAGCGCUUGCGGCCGAUGCGCGCACAAUCAGAUACAUGACGAAGCAUUCGCCCCGCCUCCUGCACUUUCUGAAGGCCAUUUUCCGAAGAGCUCACGCAUGCACGGACCGAAACCUUGAGUUCAUGAAGGACCAGAUAAUGGACGCACUGAUCUCCAACCUGCCAGAAAUCUGCAUGGCCAGCAACACGAUCUGCAAGAACCUUGGCCAAGACACCAAGUUUCUCUCUGCUGUGAUGCAGCACGCUGCAACGAUGGACCUUUUGGGUGGAACGCAAGGAUACUCGAGAUUGGACGUCCUCGAUUGUGCAGCAUGCCUGGUGCACACUCUUCAGCCGUUCGCCGACAAAGCUUCGCUAGCUUUACUGGAAGCGGAUUCUUUGCAGUUUGCAGCCAAGUUACUCUUAGUCUCCAACGACAAGAUUCCAAUCUUAUGGACGAUAGAGCUUCUUCGGAAGCUAGCCGAAGGCCAGACCAUUGCCCCAAAGCCGUGGCCCUUAGGGUUUCGAUCUAGUUCCGCUGCACUUAAAUCUGCAGUUCUUGCCCUGGCGCUCUGUCCUGAGCAACUAAGCUCUGGUGGAGACCAUCUGCUCAUGCUGAAGAUUGCUGCCUGUUUGGGACCUGCUCUUCCCCUGGUCACUGACCCUAGCGGUGUCUGGGACUUACAAAAGCUGCGAGCAGAGAUAGAAAAGGAGGCUCUGAAAGAUCCGGCAGCGCAGAAGAGAGCAGAGCAACUCCGAGGAAUCUUUUCUCGGCAGGAGGAAAGUGGCGGGAACAACAAGAGAGAGGAAAUGUUCAGCACCAGGGUGUGA